UCUCUCUUUCUCUCUCUCUCCUCUUCCUGUUUCUCCGAAGGCACUUCAUAUAAAUUACUACUGACAGAGAUUACCAGUUGAACACGGAAACAAAAACCCUUUCACAGCUCAAUCAUUACCCGUGAGAUCCAUCCAGGGUUUCCACUCCAAUCACGAAUUGACUCCAAUUUCAGUCCCAGCUCUCUUACCUCUCCUUACCUUCUUCGUCACAUCAAUACAGCACGCCAUGGUUCUGUCUCAGAAGCUUCACGAAGCCUUCAAAGGAACCGUCGAGAGGAUCACGAAUCCACGCACCGUCUCCGCCUUCAAAGAGAAAGGCGUCCUUAGCAUCACCGAAUUCGUCCUCGCUGGCGAUAAUCUCGUCUCCAAAUGCCCUACCUGGUCUUGGGAAUCAGGUGAGCCAACCAAGAGGAAGUCAUAUUUACCCCCUGGAAAGCAAUUUUUGAUCACGAGGAAUGUUCCUUGUCUACGUAGAGCUGCAUCAGUAGAGGAAGAAUAUGAAGCUGCUGGAGGUGAAGUUCUUCUGGAUAAUGAGGACAAUGAUGGUUGGCUGGCAACUCAUGGAAAUCCGAAAGAUAACAAACACGAAGAGGAAGAAAACUUGCCUUCAAUGGAAACUUUGGAGAUCAGCAAGAAAAACACUAUUCAAUCUAUUGCUUCACACUUUGGGGGUGAGGAGGAAGAAGACAUACCAGACAUGGCAGAAUACGAGGAACCUGACAACCUUAUUGAAACAGACCCUGCAACACUUCAAUCUACAUAUCUUGUGGCUCAGGAGCCUGAUGAUGAUAAUAUCCUAAGAACCCGAACAUAUGAUGUCAGCAUCACGUAUGACAAAUACUAUCAAACUCCCCGUGUAUGGCUUACUGGAUAUGAUGAGUCAAGGAUGCUUUUGCAACCAGAGCUUGUACUUGAAGAUGUUAGCCAAGAUCAUGCUCGGAAAACAGUUACUAUUGAAGACCACCCACACUUGCCUGGGAAACAUGCAUCUGUGCAUCCUUGUCGACAUGGAGCUGUUAUGAAGAAAAUUAUUGAUGUUCUAAUGUCACGGGGAGUUGAGCCAGAAGUUGACAAGUACCUUUUCUUAUUCUUGAAAUUUGUGGCCUCUGUUAUUCCCACCAUAGAAUAUGAUUACACCAUGGACUUCGAUCUUGGAAGCUCCAGCACAUAAGUCAGAUUGAAGCUGCCAAUUUGCUGUAAAGUAGACCAAGUAAUUUGUUGAUGCUGGUGUGCUCGACUCGCAAUUCCUCACCCUGAUUGGGUUCUCAACUCUAGUACAUAUCCCUCAUCUCAUGAUUCUCUUCUCUUUUUUUUGAACAGCCUCAUCUCAUGAUUCUCGUCAAAAUAAAGCAACUUGUUGCGAGCCUCGGUUUAAUUAUUUUGUUUGUUGCCCAAUGUCAUUCUGCUGUUGACAUGUAAAUGUUACAAUCUGCUAUGCUCCAGAAUGCUGAGCUAUUUGUCAAUGAAUGCUAUUUCUGAAAGGCUUCAGAAUGGUAUUUGAUAGAUUAUAUGUAUAUAUGGUUUUAUCGA